UGGCGACCCACAGCAUCCGCUCUUUCUAUGACAAUGGUCUCUGCUAGUCGAGGGCUACCGUGUAAGUAUCUUGGGCAGCUUCCUUGGAAUCCUUGCUCUGGCUAGCCUUGUGUCUCCCCACCGCUUGUUGACCAAGUUCGUUCAUUAUCAUACAACAUGCCUGAUGUUCCAUCCAAGACUUUAUUUCUUUUCCUUCUCAUUUUCGUUCCGAUUCGUGGUGCACCUGCUCCUCAGGCGACGGAUAUCGGCUCUUUUGACUCUUUGCUUCAGGACAUAUCUUCUUCACUAUUGACCCCCUCCACAGACGCCGCUACUUCUACCGUUACUUUUACAGACAUGUCAUCUAUUAGCAGCGGAGACUCAGCAUAUGUGACCCGGGUAUCGCUUGUCGGGGGUACAGAAAUUACCUUGGCACCAAGCGGAGCCACUGGAGAUACGACUAUACUAGGGUCUUCGACAUACACCUUUGCUGCCCCAUCAUCUAGCGACCCAAUUACGUCAUCGGACUCGUCUUCGACACAGUCAAGCAGUACCAACUCUGUUUCUUCCAUUCGACUAGCAGUUCUCCGUCGUCAACAAUCACAAGUUCCUCAUCAUCGUCCUCGUCCAGCAGCACUAGUACCAUCAAUUCUUCAUCAUCGACAAGUAGCAAACCCUCGUCGUCAAGCGGGACGUCUUCCACCAGCUCUAGUUCGUCAUCUUCUGACGCCGGCAUCUCUCUUCGUCACUUUGAGAUACCACCCACUGCUGGUCUCGUUACAACAUUGCUAGGCCUGUUCUUUGGCGCAUGGAUAUGUUGAGCGAAGAUGGAUUGUUUUUCCGCGAUGUUAUAUUUAUUGACCGUCAGCAUGUAUACUUGUUGUAUCUCAUCAUGACACAGUU